AUGAUAAACAUUGGUAUUAUUGGCGUUGGCAGAAUUGGACGCGUUCACGGAGAAAAUAUUAGCCGUUAUAUAAGAAAUGCACGAAUAAAAACUAUUGCAGAUCCAUAUUUAAAUGACGAGCAAAUAAUUUGGGCAACGAGACUUGGUAUUCAGAAUUGGACAAAAUGUUAUAAAGAUAUAUUAACGGAUAAUGAGAUUCACGCUGUCUUAAUUUGUUCACCGACUGACACCCAUUGUGAAAUAGCAAUUGAUUGCAUUCAUGCUGGCAAGCAUAUUUUUUGUGAAAAACCGAUUGAUAAAAAUAUAAUAAAAAUUUAUAAUGUUAUUUGUGAAUUGGAAAAAUAUAAUGUUAAAUUUCAAGUGGGAUUUAAUCGUCGCUUUGAUCAUAAUUUUAAAGCAAUUAAACAAGCGAUUCAAUCACAUAAAAUUGGUCAGCCACAUAUUUUGCGUAUAACCUCGCGUGAUCCAUAUCCACCGACGUUAAACUAUUCAAAAAUAUGUGGUGGCCUUUUCGUUGAUAUGACAAUACACGAUUUUGAUAUGACACGGUAUUUAUUGGAUGCUGAAGUUAUGGAAGUUUUUGCGGUUGGGAAUACAUUGAUUGAACCAACAAUUGCUGAACUAGAUGAUGUUGAUACAGCUAUUAUAACAAUGAAGAUGUCUGAUGGUACUUUAGUUGUAAUUGAUAACUCUAGGCAAGCUGUUUAUGGUUAUGAUCAACGGGUAGAAGUAUUUGGAUCAAAAGGGCAAGCAUCUAUUGCAAAUGAUACAAAGACCUCUCUUGUUAUUUCCGAUAAUCAAGGUAUUCAUACAGAAAAGCCACUUAACUUUUUUCUUGAGCGGUACACAAGGUCUUAUGCAGAAGAAAUCAAACAUUUUAUUAAUGCAAUUCUUAGUAAUAAACCUGUGCUGGUCAAUGCAUACGAUGGCUUAAUGGCGGUAUUGAUUGGAGUAGCGUCAAUAAAGUCAUUAAAAGAAAAUCGACCAGUGAAACUAAGUGAAAUAGAAAAAUUAGAGAAUGGGGGAAAAACCAACGGUGACGAAAUAUAUGUUAACAAUUACUUGAGAUUAAGUAAGCGUUCUCUUAGGAUACAAGGUCAUUCAUGA